AUGCAGACACCUUAUUUUCUUUUCGUUGGAGCCUUGGUACUGUUGCACUUUAUCGCAACUAGCUCAGCUACCAUAAUUGUAGCCAACAACCAUAACAACAGUGCUAGUGAUCUGAAUGCUCUUCUUGCCUUCAAAGCCACCAUUUUCGAUCCUCAAAGGAUUAUCCCAACCAACUGGUCCACUUCUUCCUCUGUUUGCAACUGGAUUGGAAUCACUUGUAAUGCUCGUCAUCACAGAGUCGCAGCCAUCAACCUUUCUUACAUGGGAAUUGUAGGAACCAUACCUCCAGAACUGGGAAAUCUUUCUUUCCUAGUCUGGCUAAAUGUUAGAAAUAACAGCUUUCAUGGACAUCUUCCAACCGAGCUAUCUCGUCUCCAUCGAUUGAAGUACAUCAACCUUGCAAGCAAUGACUUUGAAGGGGAAUUUCCAUCAUGGUUGGGAUGUUUGAGUGCACUCUGGUACAUCAACUUCGAAUACAACAGAUUUUCGGGUUCAUUAUCAGGCAGGCUCUCUAACUUCACAAAGUUAGAGACCAUCAGGUUGGAUUACAACUUUUUCACUGGAAAUCUUUCAGAAGAAUUCAGCGCUCUACCGAAAUUGACAGUUUUGGACAUUCAAUUUAACCAACUUGUAGGCCCUCUGCCACAGGCUCUGUUUAACCUCUCCUCAUUGCAAAUUAUUGGUUUUACGAAUAAUAGCUUAUCGGGCUACCUUCCAGCACAUAUCUGCGAUUAUCUCCCACAACUUAAAGGGCUUUACUUAUCACUUAAUAACUUUGAAGGUGAAAUUCCAUCAGGCAUCGGAGAAUGCUCAGGACUCCAAGUUUUAUCCUUGUCUUACAACAAAUUCAGAGGGUAUAUACCAAGAGAAAUUUGGAAUCUAACCACGCUUACACGUUUAGUUUUGGGUGGGAAUGACCUGACAGGUGAAAUUCCAAAAGUCAUUGACAAUCUCUAUAAUUUGGAGAAACUAGGCAUGGAGAAUGCUAAUGUGACAGGUAUACUACCUCAAGAGGUUGGUAAUCUGAGCAAGUUGGAAGUUGUACAGUUGACCUCAAAUAGGUUGAGAGGUCCCAUCACGCUGAAACUUUUCAAUAUUUCAACACUACAAUUUAUUUCCCUCUCGGAAAACAGUUUUUCAGGCGAGCUUCCAUCGACUUUAGGUGUUUUCUUACCCAAUCUUGAGGAACUCUAUCUUGGGGAAAAUACAUUCACUGGAGCUAUACUAACAUCCAUCUCAAAUGCUUCUAGGCUCAGAGUACUAGACAUUGGCGGUAACCAUUUUACUGGUGCAAUUCCUCAUUCUCUUGGAAACUUGAGAUUACUAGAAGUCUUGUCCGUAACAAACAAUGAUUUUUUUGGGGACUUGCGAUCCAACGGGUUGAGCUUCAUUACGUCUCUUGCAAAUUGCAAGAAUUUAAAAUCUUUGAGGAUUACUGGGAAUCCUCUGAAUGGCUUCCUCCCAAAAUCUACCGGAAAUCUUUCCAGCUCACUCGAAUCCUUUCAUGCAGGUAGGUGCGGAAUCAAAAGUGAAAUUCCAAGUUCGAUUGGCAAUUUGAGCAACUUAGUAGAACUGUACUUUGAAAACAAUAGUUUGACAGGGUUAAUUCCAGCUACAAUGAAAUGGUUCUUGAAGCUUCAGAGGAUAGAUCUAAGCGACAAUCAAAUACUAGGUGCUAUUCCAAGUGAGUUUUGUAAUUUGCUGAACUUAGGAGAAUUAGGACUCGGACAAAAUAAGCUCUCUGGUAUGGUGCCUUCUUGUUUAGGAAAUGUUACAACACUCAGAUACGUUUAUCUCAAUUCUAACAAUUUAAGUUCUGUGAUACCAACAAGCUUUUGGAGCCUUAGAGAUAUUUUGGAGCUAGACAUGUCAGGAAAUUAUUUGACAGGUUCGUUGCCUGCUGAAAUUGGAAACUUCAAGGCAUUAGUUACAUUGAACCUGUCAAAUAAUCAAUACUUGGGUGGGAUACCUAGCACUAUUGGAGCACUACAGGAUUUGCAAGGACUAUCCUUGGAGCACAACAAGUUACAAGGAUCGAUACCAGAUUCCAUGAAGAAUAUGCUGCAGUUACGGCAUUUGGAUCUAUCUUUUAACCAUCUGGAAGGUGUAAUUCCCAACUCAUUACAGAUUGAGAGGACCGAUUCCUCAUGGAGGGCCAUUCGCAAAUUUCACGAACCUGUCUUUUCUCUCAAAUGA